GGCGGCGGUUCCAUUGGUUUGUUUGCAUGAAAAAUGAAAGAAAAUCCAUUCUCUUCAGCAAAAACUUCAGUCUGGUGGGACAUAGAAAACUGUCAAGUCCCCAAAAACUUCAACCCUAACACCAUCGCUAUAAACAUCACCUCCGCCCUCAUCAAUUCCAACUUCCACGGCCCCAUCUAUAUCUCCGCUUACGCCGACACCACUGGUAUCCCUUCUCACGUUCAACAGGCUAUCACUUCCACAGGUGUCACCCUCAACCAUGUCCCCGCCGGUGGGAAAGUUGAUAAGAAUAUACUUGUUGAUAUGAUACUAUGGGCUAUUGAUAAUCCUGCACCUGCAAAUUAUUUGUUGAUUUCUGGUAAUAGAGUUUUUUCAAAUGCCCUUCAUAAUCUUCGUAUGAGAAGCUAUAAUAUUCUUCUUGCUCACCCUUUUUGUGCUUCCCAAACUCUUGUCGCCGCCGCUAACUUUGUUUGGUCUUGGCAUACACUUAUUUCCGGCGGUCCCCCUCACAACAAUGCUACAAAUCAAAACCCUAAUUUCUCUGAUAAACUCAUUUAUCAACCUAAACCAAAUUCAAUAGAAUCUGUUCAAAUUCAAGAACCAGAUAGUGAUGAUAACAACAAUGAUAGCUCUGCUGAACAAUCAAAGUCGUCAAAACUUGUUGAUGGUAUUCUAGUAACAUUGAAUACACUCAAGAAUGAAAUGAUUCUUCCAACUAAAGGAAAUAUAACUGAUUGUAUUCGUUACGGUGAUCCUAAGUAUCAAAAAAUUGAUGUUGAAAAGGCUUUGGAUUGUGCAAUUGAGCAACGGAGGGUAGUUAAACAAUGCUGUGGUCCAUUACAUUUGUAUGUUGUUGCGAAUGAGAAACUAUGGAAGUGUGUGAAUCCUUUGGGUGGAUCACCGAGUCAUUUCCCCACAACAAUUUGGGUUAGAAUAGAGAAGUUCCUUGCUUCAUCCUCAGGAAGAUUGGCAAUUUUGGCUUCUCCUAGCAGAUAUGAAGCAUCUUUAAUUCUUAAGAGAUUGUGCCUUGAAGAGCUUGUGUUGGGUGAUGUACUUAAAAUAUUGGAGAUUAUAAUCACAACUAAGAAAUGGAUUAUACCUGAUUAUCAUUCUAAAUGGCAGCCAAUUAGCAUUUCACUUCCAGAGGCUAAAGAUGAUAAUUGA